AUGGUGCAAGUGAAAAUGUCCAAAUCUUCCGCAGACCCACUGUCUGGUGUAGAGACCGGCUCCCAGUCACACUAUUUUCAGUUGCCAAGGAAGUUACCAAAACGCAAGAGCCGAUUUAAACGUUCUGACGGCAGCACUUCUUCUGACACCACGUCCAGUUUCAUUAAACGACAGGGCUCCGCCGAUUCGUAUACGAGCAGGCCCUCAGAUUCCGACCUGUCAGCGGAAGAGGACCGCGAGGCGUAUCGGCGUGAAGCCGAGCGCCAGGCUCAGCUCCAGCUCGAGAGGGCAAAGACUAAACCUGUAGCGUUUGCGGUGAAGACAAAUGUGAAUUACUGUGGAGCUCUAGAUGAGGACUGUCCUGUUCAAGGUGCUGCCAUAAACUUUGAAGCCAAAGACUUUCUGCACAUUAAAGAGAAGUACAAUAAUGACUGGUGGAUCGGGCGACUGGUGAAGGAGGGGGCAGACAUCAGCUUCAUCCCCAGCCCCCUCCGACUGGAGGCCAUGAGGCUUAAACAGGAGCAGAAACAGCAGAGAAAAACUGGAGGGAACUCCUCCUCCAGCCUGGGUGACAUGGUGUCUGGAGGUUGGAGGUCCACACCGCCCUCUGCAGGUGAGACCAAGCAGAAGCAAAAGCAGACUGAACACAUUCCUCCGUAUGACGUGGUCCCGUCCAUGAGACCUGUGGUUCUGGUUGGGCCGUCACUGAAGGGUUAUGAGGUUACUGACAUGAUGCAGAAAGCCCUGUUUGACUUCCUGAAGCAUCGGUUCGAGGGACGGAUCUCCAUCACACGGGUCACAGCUGACCUGUCCCUGGCCAAGAGAUCAGUCCUCAACAAAAGACCCAUCAUGGAGAGAUCCAACACACGUUCCAGUCUUGCGGAGGUGCAGAGUGAAAUUGAGAGAAUAUUUGAACUGGCUAAAACACUGCAGCUGGUGGUUCUGGAUGCAGACACCAUUAACCACCCGGCCCAGCUGGCCAAAACCUCCCUGGCCCCCAUCAUAGUGUACGUCAAGGUCUCCUCACCCAAGGUCUUACAGAGAUUGAUCAAAUCCAGGGGUAAAUCACAGAGUAAACACCUAAACGUACAGAUGAUGGCAGCAGAUAAACUAUCCCAGUGCCCUCCUGAGAUGUUUGAUGUCAUUCUGGAUGAGAAUCAACUUGAAGACGCCUGUGAGCACCUUGCCGAAUAUCUAGAGGUCUACUGGCGCGCCACGCACCUGCCUGGCACCGCCCCUCUCAAUCCAUUAUUGGAGCAAAACCUGAUCAGCCCGCCCUCUGCCAUUUCCAGCCUACAGAACCAGAACCAGAACCAGCAGCUGCUGCCGGCCGGGGGUGUGGGUGGUGCAGAGGAGGAGGACCAGGGGGAGCAAGACAGCCUCAUGCCCUCAGACGAAGCCAGUGACUCGCUGUCCCGUGGCAGGAGGGGGGGCUCCCGCUGCCUGCGCCCUCAGGAGGAGGAUGAAGAGGAGGAGGAAGAAGAGGAAGAGGAGGAAGAGGAGGAGUUCGAGCCCCCCCGCCAUAGCCACACGUAUCGGGACAUGUACCCGCCACACCGAAACCAUUCUGGGGGCAUCCACAGCGCCAACGGGCAUGAGUCACAGGAUCGGCUGCUGCAGCGGGAGUCACAGGAGGGUCACAACCAGCGCAACAAUCGACAGCGUACGCGACCCUGGCCACGGGACAACUACUGA